ACGAAGCAGGAAGCGUCGGGCUCUACUCUACGCCUUUAUUUUAUUUUUAAUAGCAAAACAAAUAUUUUCGGAUUGAUCGAUGCGUCAUUUGUUGUUCAUUUGUAAAAAUAAAUAAAGAAAGAAAGAAAUAAGUCAAACAACAUCAACUAAACACCUGAAACAAUUUGUGGAAAGCGCCGUUUGUGGUCAUUUCCCCCCAGAUAGGCUACAGUGAAAUGGCAGAAGCGAGUGUCUCCUGGGCCGAGGACCAGUUCAUGUGUCCAGUGUGUCUGAGUAUCCUGCAGGAUCCAGUGACGAUUCCCUGUGGACACAGUUACUGUAUGAGCUGCAUCACAGACUGCUGGAAUCAGGAGGAGCAGAAGCGAAUCUACAGCUGUCCUUUAUGCAAACAGAGCUUCAACUCGAGACCUGCUUUAGCUAAGAAUGUGGUGUUUGCUGAAAUGGUGGAGAAACUGCAGAAGACCAGACUCCAGACGGCUGCUCCUGCUUCUGUUCACACUGGAUCUGGAGAUGUGGAGUGCGACGCCUGCACUGGAAAUAAGCAGAAAGCCGUGAAGUCCUGUCAGGAGUGUAGAAACUCUUAUUGUCCAGAUCACCUCCAACAGCAUGAGAAUCUCUUCAGAGGUCGAGGACACAAUCUGAUGGAGGCCACUGGACGACUGCAGGAGAUGAUCUGCCCUCAGCAUAAUAAAGUGAUGGAGAUUUACUGCCGCACCGACCAGCGCUGCAUCUGUAUGCUGUGUUUGGUGGAUGAACACAAACAUCACGACACUGUGACAGCUGUAGCAGAAAGGAGAGAGAAACAGGGACAUUUGGAGGAGAACCAGAUGUACUUACACAUAAUAAUCCUGAAGCGAGAGAAAGAUCUUCUUGAUCUGAGAGAGGCUGUUGAGAUUCAUAAGCGCUCAGCACAGUCAGCAGUGGAGGACAGUGAGAGGAUCUUCACUGAACUCAUCCAGGAUAUUGAGAAACGUCGCUCUGAGGUGAAUCAGCUGAUCAGAGAUCAGGAAAGAGCUGCUGUGAGUCGAGCUGAAGAACAACUGGAGCGACUGAAGCUGGAGAUCAAUGAUCUGAAGAGGAGAAACACUGAGCUGAAGCAGCUUUCAGAAACACAGGAUCAUCUUCACUUCCUCCAGAGUUUCCCGUCUGUUUCUCUCUCUGGAUCUUCAGAUUCAGGCUUCACUGUCAGUUCUAAUCUGUGUUAUGAUGAUGUGGUGAAAUCAGUCUCUCAGUUCAGAGACAAACUUCAGCAGUUCUCCUCAGAUGAGAUGGAAGAGAUGUCUAAAGCAGUGCAAAACAUCCAGAUCAUGCAGACUACUGAAUGUCAGAACACAGAAGAGACUCAGCAAGAUACGCAUCCAGUAGAGUUUGCAGAUGAGGUACUGAAGGACCCAAAACCGUCAACCCCUGGAAGUAUAUUUGGGCUGAGGGAGGCCAACCCAACAUCCUCGACCCCUGGAAGUAUAUUUGGGCUGAGGGAGGCCAACCCAACACCCUCGACCCCUGGAAGUAUAUUUGGGCUGAGGGAGGCCAACCCAACAUCCUCGACCCCUGGAAGUAUAUUUGGGCUGAGGGAGGCCAACCCAACAUCCUCGACCCCUGGAAGUAUAUUUGGGCUGAGGGAGGCCAACCCAACACCCUCGACCCCUGGAAGUAUAUUUGGGCUGAGGGAGGCCAACCCAACAUCCUCGACCCCUGGAAGUAUAUUUGGGCUGAGGGAGGCCAACCCAACAUCCUCGACCCCUGGAAGUAUAUUUGGGCUGAGGGAGGCCAACCCAACACCCUCGACCCCCAAAAGCAUAUUUGGGCUGAGGGAGGCCAACCCAACACCGUCAACCCCUGGAAGUAUAUUUGGGCAGAGGCAGGCCAACCCAACACCCUCAACCCCUGAAAGUUUAUUUGGGCUGAGGGAGGCCACCCCAACACCCUCAACACCUGGAAGUAUAUUUGGGCUGUGGCAGGCCAACCCAACACCCUCAACCCCUGGAAGUAUAUUUGGGUUGAGAGAGGCCAACCCAACACCCUCGACCCCUGGAAGUAUAUUUGGGCUGAGGGAGGCCAACCCAACACCGUCAACCCCCAAAAGUAUAUUUGGGCUGAGGGAGGCCAACCCAACACCCUCAACCCCUGAAAGUAUAUUUGGGCUGAGGCAGGCCAACCCAACACCCUCAACCCCUGGAAGUAUAUUUGGGUUGAGGGAGGCCAACCCAACACCCUCAACCCCUGGAAGUGUAUUUGGGCUGAGGCUGGUCAACCCAAAACCCUGAACCCCUGAAAUUGUAUUUGGGCUGAGGCAGUCCAACCCCAGACCCUUAAUCCCUGAAACUGUAUUUGGCCUUGUCCAGUCCAACACCCUCAACUGCUGAAAGUAUAUUUGGGGUGAGGCAGACAAACCCAACACCCUCAACCAUUGAAAGUGAAUUUAGGGUGAGGCAGUCCAACCCAACACCCUCAACCCCUGAAAGAUUAUUUGGGGUGAGGCAGGCCAACCCCACACCCUCAACUGUUCAAAGUGUAUUUGGGCUGCCCCAGUAUACAUAUAUGGCCUGGGGGAGUCCAACUUGCCACCUACGACUUUACAAACAUAUUUGGGCUUGUAAGAAAAUGUUUUUUUCUGAACUCAGAGAUUUACAAAACAGGUGCCAUGUGAUUAAAACUAAAACUUUCUAACCUGAGAAGAUGAUCUGCAAGGAGACCUUUGGUUCAGCCAUCUUUGUCACCCAGUCUACGGCUCGCUCUCCCACACAGAAUCUCCAUUGUCUUCAUAUGGUGUAUAUCUUGUGAAUCUAUAGUUUUUCUUUUUGAAUGUUUUCAUGAUUUUAAAUGUCUCAGUGUGAUUGUUAAAAUGGUCCUAAUUACAAAGUGAAUUGCAUCUAAUUUCUCAUAUUCUGAUAUACUGAAAUAUAAUAAAGAAAUAUAGCCUAAUGGAAGACAAAAUGAGGACGUUUUGGGAAAAACUUUGUAAAAUAUAAGCAGCAACACUGACACUGACAUUCAGGACAUGAUGGCUUAGUCCAGGGGUCACCAAACUUGUUCUUGGAAGGCCGGUGUCCUGCAGAUUUUAACUCCAACCCUAAUCAAACACACCUGAACAAGCUAAUCAAGGUCUUACUAGGUAUACUUGAAACAACCAGGCUGGUGUGUUGAGGCAAGUUGGAGCUAAACCCGGCAGGGACACCGGCCCUCCAGGACCGAGAUUGGUGGUCUUAGACAAACAGAAGUUGCGCCAGAAUGUACACAGUGUUAAACCGAGGAGUUAGUCCAUUGUCUUAAUAUGGUCUCUGCUGUUUCUCAGUAUGUGUUCUUCAGAGGUCUUGCGUCCUCGUGUUCUCGUGUUACGUCAUCUUCAGCUGCCAAAGUUCGGUUCCAAUACUCAAUAUCGCAAGAACAGAGGAUGCAUGAGACUUCCCGGAUGUGUUCUUGAUAUCGAGGACGCACCGAUGCAGCCUUGAGGAGCGAACUCGCUCUAGAAGUCCCAGAAGUCAUUGCGACUGGAGGUGGGAAGUGCAGCAUUUUACAUAGAUUUAUUAUUAUAGUUCAGAGAUAAAACUUAUUUACCUCAGGAGUUUCCCUAAAUGAAACGGUGAAAGUAAACAUGACCAUGGACAUGUUAAUAAAGGAAU